UGAGGAGGUGCCACUGGGGCUUCUCACUCUGGACUUGUCUUUCUGGGCCGUGUCAACUUAACUUGGGAAAACAAAGGAGGUGUAAAUGGUGAGUAAGUUCUGAGCCCCUCGUGCUGACUGCCCUGAGGCAGGGGCCUGCACACUGCGCAGAGCUGGCUUCGUGCAUCUCACAGACGGCUGGGAAGAGCUGCACAUGCAGCUUACCCAAACACACACGGAACAGCAGAACGAAACACAUCAAACCAAGUAGAACCAUGCAAAAACAACAGCUGUAAGAAGACAUCUAAAAUUAUAGAGAGAACUUUAUUGAGAACUAGCUUGGGGGCCAGGAGGGUUCUGGCACCAUGUACAAUAGAGCAAACAAGUAGGAAGUAAAUAAGGUAAAGGGAGAAAGAGGAAAGGCAGGUGCAGAACGGGGAGUGUGCAGUUGGAGGAAAUCGAUCUGGGCGUCGCCCCGAUGGGUUACCAAGACUCUCCUGUGCCCUGUCAUGGGAGCUCUUGGGAGUUGGUUAUUAGUUAAUGCUGUUCACAGCUUAUCUCUCUUAACCACAUAAAGUUACAAGUAAUUUCUACACUUGUGGUAUAAUAAAAAUGAUUUUCCCCUUAAUUAAAAAUUGCUAAUAAAAACUCAGGUAUUUGUCUCUAGCUGUAGUUCUCUGUAACUAGGAAGACAUGAACAUAAAGCAGUAAGUUUGGUUAGAAGGCGAGGACAGUGUAACUGAUUUCCCGCAGAAGACAAAGGUGUUCUUAAACGCCUGUUCUCUCCGGAAGCAUCUGGUCGGAGGUGAAGGUAGUGUGGUGCAUUCAUUCAGAGCACACGUAUCAGACGCAGGCAGCCCUGAGCCACAAGGUGGAAGGACAAGGCUGCCCAGGCCCUGACGGCAGUGCCCGGGAUGGUGCACCCCUCCAACCUGCCCUGAGGUCAUUUUCUCAGCUAUGCCUCAGCCCUCAGGAGCAAACUUUGCACAUGGGGCUGCUGAGAGGCGCCAAUGACAGCAGCUUCACAGGUUUUAUCCUGCUGGGGUUCUCCGGUCACCCUCAGCUGCAGCAGGUCCUGUUUGCUGCCGUUCUGACCCUGUAUUUGCUCACCAUUCUGGGGAACACCGCCAUCAUCCUGGUCGCGCGUCUGGAGCCCCGGCUGCACACGCCGAUGUAUUUCUUCUUGUCCCACCUCUCCUUCCUGGACCUCUGCUUCACAAGCAGCGUCAUCCCACAGCUCCUGGUGAACCUGGGGACGUCCACACAGGCCAUCACCUACGGCGGCUGUGUGGUCCAGCUCUACGUCUCCCUGGCCCUGGGGUCCACUGAGUGCGUCCUCCUGGCUGUCAUGUCCUACGACCGCUACGUCGCCGUCUGCCGCCCUCUGCACUACACUGCCUUAAUGCCACCGCGACUCUGCACAGCCCUGGCGUCGAUGGCGUGGCUGUGUGGGGCAGCCACCACUCUGGUGCAGUCCACUCUCACCCUGCAGCUGCCCUUCUGCGGCCAUCGCCAGGUGGACCAUUUCUUCUGUGAGGUCCCCGUGCUCAUCCAGCUGGCCUGUGUGGACACCACUUUCAACGAGGCUGAGCUCUUCGGGGCCAGUGUCAUCUUUCUGGUCCUGCCCGUCUCCUCCAUCCUGGUCUCCUACGGCCACAUCGCCCGAGCCGUGUGGAGGGUCAAGUCAGCCUCUGGGAGACAGAAAGCAGUUGGGACCUGCUCCUCCCACCUGGCGGUUGUCAUCAUCUUCUACGGAACCAUCAUCUUCAUGUAUCUGCAGCCGGCCAGGAGCAGGUCCAACGAGCAGGGAAAGUUUGUCUCCCUCUUCUACACUGUGGUGACCCCCACGCUUAACCCUCUGAUUUAUACUCUGAGAAACAAGGAGGCAAAAGCAGCACUGAAGAAAGUGCUAGUGAGGGUGCGGGACUUAAUUUUACCUGAUUGCAAAUGCUUUUCAGUGAUACUGUAA